CCUUGAACUCAAUGCAACCCUCCACCCACAUAGCUAUGAUAUGUCAUGAAUUAACUGUUCUUUGUUUGUUAAAAUCUACUCAAACUAAAUGCAUUAUAAUAUAUUUUCUUUUUCUUUUUAUGUAUGAUGAUGUCCGGAAUCCUUUUAGCAUCGGUCUGGAUUAAUUCCACAAAAUAAUGGGACCCAUCUCUCUCUCUCUCUCUCUCUAAAAAACUCUCUUCCAUUUAUCCCUGUAUCUCUAUAAAACUUGGACCUCCCAUGGCCUAAGGCACAUUCCUCUACCUCUUGCUCUAUCUAAAUCUCCAUCUCGCCAAAAACUAUAGGAGAGCUUCUGACAUGGUCGCCGGCACCACAUAUAUAGCUGCAAUUCUCUUAGAACCUAUUUUUGCUUGUGGGUCAAACAGGUUUCUCCAAGAAUUGGCGCAUACAGUUUUGUGAAAUUGGGAGGUGGUAAGUGGUAUGGCUCCCGAGAGAUCAGAUCUCAACAUGGAGGCAACGGAGCUCCGGCUAGGUUUACCGGGUACGGAGCAACCCGACAAACAAACACUGCCUCCCUCUACUACUACUAUGACUGCUGCAAGGGGCAACAAAAGAGCCUUGCUCGACAUGAAUCAAGACUCUGCUGGAUCCGAGAAAAAUUCAAGUAAUCCGGAUGGUGGAAAAUGCACCGGCCAAGAAUCUGCCCCCCAAGCCAAAACACAAGUGGUGGGGUGGCCACCGAUCAGAUCUUACCGGAAAAACUGUUUCCAGCAGGCGGCGAAGAAGGCGUCGGAGGCCGAAGCGACGGCCGGAAUCUAUGUGAAAGUGAGCAUGGAUGGGGCUCCUUACCUUAGAAAGAUAGAUCUGAAGGUCUACAAUGGCUACUCACGGCUCCUCAACGCCUUGGAAGACAUGUUCAAAUUCACUGUUGGAAAGUAUUCAGAGAGGGAAGGGUACAAUGGGUCAGAAUAUGCACCAACUUAUGAAGACAAAGAUGGAGAUUGGAUGCUCGUUGGCGAUGUUCCUUGGGAAAUGUUCAUUUCUUCGUGCAAGAGGCUGAGAAUCAUGAAAGGAACAGAAGCUAAGGGUUUGGGCUGCGUGGUGUAAUCCCCAUAACCAGAGAAGAUCUCAGAAAAUUAAAGAAAAUUCAUUUAUUAUUGAUGUUCACAGAAGAGAUAAAUGCAUCCAUCCAUCGGUUUGUCUGAAAAAAACAAAAAACAAAAAACAAAUAUUUUCUGCAUGUAUAGUUGGCAAUAUAUAUAUAUUUUUGCUUUAAAUACAUUGCAAGAUGUAAAUUAAAAGGCAAGAAAAUAUUGUUCUCUCAUAAUUUUUUUUUUCCCUUUUUGGGUUGAAUGUACUCUAUAAUUUCAAUUUUUCAUGCAAUAUUAUGAAUUUUAUUUUUCUGAAA